CUCACUCGUGUCUUGGCUCCAUCAUACAUGUUCUUAGUCACCCUAGUGUAAGUCACGUAACACCCCUAGCCUCCAAACACCUCCAUAAGAUUUCCCUCGGGACUUUGUUGUAUGCUUUCUCUAGAUUAACGAACACCAUAUAUAAGUCUCUCUUCCUCUCCCUAUACUGCUCCACCAUACUCCUUAUAAGGUGAAUUGCUUCCGUAGUCGAACGUCCCGGCAUGAAUCUGAACUGGUUUUCGGAAAUAGACACACUCUUCCUCACCCUUAUCACUUCCACCACUCUCUCACCGACUUUCAUAGUGUGGCUCAGCAGCUUGAUACCCCUAUAGUUGUUACAAUUUUGGAUAUCUCCCUUGUUCUUAUACACCGGAAUCAUCGUACUCUACCUCCAUUCCAAUACCAGGCUCACAUACUAACGGCAUCAAACUGUGGUAUUAAUUGUAAGCUGGUAUUCCCAUUGGGCAGUUUAGAGGUUUCAUGAUGUUAACUGUCUCAUUCCGGAUUUAAUUUAUAUUAAUUGUGCUUGGGUGAAUGGCGAUCAUAACUCUUGUGGAUGUUUAAAUUUGUGACCUGACCGACUUAAGCAAUUAAAUUGUCUAGGCAAAUGGACGUGAAAGAGAUGUAUUUUUCUCAGCACAACUUCCUCCAUCAAGACAUCCUGCUGAUAAGCCACAUUCCUGCAAUUCAAAUUCAAAAACUCCGUUGCUUCUAGUCGAUUCUAAUAAGAAUACAGGAGAGGAUGACUUUAGAGUUCCCAUUUUUAUUAACUCCAAGGUGGGUCGAGGAAAUGGAAGGUGUUAUAGUACUCCGGAUGGUCAAAAUCUCUCUGCCCCCACUGCUGUAAUGUCAGCGCAUUAUGAAAAAGAUUUGAACAAAGAGAACUCCAAACAGCCUGCCAUAAGCAGAGAGCAUUCUGCAAACUCUACCUCAAUUCCGUCCAUGGAUAAGCCAGAUGGUGUUCUGAAGCAAGCUAAUGUACUAUUGCAUUAUGAAUCCAGAGAUGACCCUGAUAAUACUUUUGGCAUAUUUUGUACGUCUCAUCUUCUAAGACUGGAAAGCGGAGUUGAUUCUCAAGUUGGUGGCACCAUACUAUCUGAACCUGUUAGGCUUGUUGAUAAUGGUGAUUCUUCUCUCCCUCUGAAGGAUGCUGCAUCAGAAGAGCAGAUAAUUCCUAAUAAUAAUCAUAUUAAUGAUACAGAAUUAAAGGAAGGCAAUGCAUCUGAAUUAUUAGAAACAAGAAAUGUGGACCAGGGUGCCAACUUAUCAGAGACUUCCAUGGUGGAAUCUAUAUCUGGAAUGUACAUAUCUCCUGAUGAUGUUGUUGGAAUAAUAGGGCAAAAACAUUUCUGGAAUGCAAGAAGAGCUAUUUCCAAGUAAGUUCAACUGGUUGGUGUUGGCUUGGUGAAUGAUAAAUGUUUGAGCUUGCCAUUUGAAUUUUAUGUCAUGUGAAACAUGAGUUCUGCCAUCUUUUUCGUAGUUCUACUGAAACAUUCUUGCAUGUGGUAACAACAUUAUGUGUUCUCUAAACAUAUGGCAUGUUCUCUUGAAAUAUUUAGGUCUACUUUAUUACUUAUGUCACUUGCUAUUCAGAAUGAUUCCAAAGGAUAUUUAUCAUUUGUUAGACAUCUGUUCCUAGUUAAAUUCUACUUAAAUUUUACAUUUCAACUGCAGUUUGUUUUAUAAGAGGAACCUUGUCAGAUAAUGCAUCUUGAUAGUCUCUCCAUGCCAUGGUCUAGUCUUGCUACUGGGUGCAAUUCAAGUGGCAUGUUUAAUUUAGGUGAUUGUGAGUGAUGUGAGCUUUGCUAUUUGAAUUAAUGGAGGAAAGGUCAUCCUGUUGACAGCCUUGAAUCUUUUGAUUUUCAUUUGGUAGAAGAGAAAACGGUGCAUGUUGUGUGUGUCCCAAAUCCACCGCCAGCACAACAAUGAAAAAGAAAAAGAGAGAGGCCCAAGUUUUUCGACAUGCAAGUCCUGGUGAAGGCCCUUGCCUAGUAGUCCUUUAAAUAUGGCCUUGUCUUUAAAAGCUCUACAGCCUUUGAUCAGCCGGUUGGUUUUCUAUUUCUGUUUUAGGUUCUCUUUUGUUCGAGCAUCUUGGGGAACUGACUAGUUUAUAGAUGGGUGUGGAUAUUCAUUCCCCCCUUCUUUAAUCAGUAUCUAUUGAUGUCUGUAGAUUGACUUGGUGGUUCUUUCUUUUUAAAGUUGUUUUCAACUAUGCACUAGUCUUAUUCUUCUUACUUUUAAUAAAAAAAAUUUCCUUGAUGCACUUAAAAGGACUAACUUCUUUCUAUUUGUUAUUUGUUUGCUUGACGUUGUCCCUAUUGUCUUGGAACAGCCAGCAAAGAGUUUUUGCAGUUCAAGUUUUUGAGUUGCAUCGGCUAAUAAAGGUCCAGAGACUCUAGCUGGUUCACGAAGCAUGCUGGAAGAUAGUGCUUAUUUAGGCAAACCUGUAAAGAAUUCGUCUGCUGAAAGACUUCCGUUGAAGUAUAUUGUCAGAGAUAGUGACAAUGUUUCGAAGCGGAGGAAGGAUUCUGAGAAGCCUAACGGUAGGAUGGAAUGUUCUGCUGAAAACACGGUAGGAAAGGCUUCCUUUUCUUUGAUGCAGAGCAGUAACCAGCCUUCUAGCUACAGUCCUUUUUUCAGGACACGCAAUAACAAAUGACUCCAGUAUGAUUCCUUGGUGCUUCAACCAACCAUCGGGGCACCAAUGGUUGAUGCCAGUUAUGUGUCCUGAAGGACUCGUAUAGAAGCUAUAUCCUGGACCUGGAGUCAUGAGUUCAGUUUGUGGAGGUUAUGGGCCUCCAGGAUUGACUCCAACGGUGGGAAAUCUUUCAGCGCCAGCUUGUGGAGUUCCUGCUUCUCGUCAUCACUAUCAAGGGGUCGGAAUACCUUUUGCACCUCCGGCUGGUCAUGCCUACUUUCCUCCGAAUGACAUGCCAGUUAUAAACCCAGCAAUCUCAUCUUCAGCUGUCGAUCAAUCAAACCAGUUUGCUGCUCAAGGUUUACAAAAUCAGUUAUCCGGAGGAGGGGCUAAUUUUUGUGUUCAACAUCAGAACUCAAGUGAUGUGCCAAGAAAUAAGAAUGGCACUGUGCCAGAUGUGAAGUCUUGUGCCUCUAGAGAUGCUGAGAUACUGGCCAGCACUGCAAGCAGUCCAAGUAGCAGAGCUCACAGAGUAGUCAUGGAUAAUGCCACGGAGGGAAGAAAUGUGCUUCCUCUGUUCCCAACUUCUCCAGCUAUUGGCAACCCUGAUAGCAGCCCCCAACCUCAUGUUCCUAGUCAUCCUGUCGGAGUCAUCAAAGUUGUACCUCGUAAUGCAAGGUCUGCUACAGAGUCUGCUGCUCGUAUUUUCCAGUCUAUACAACAAGAGAGAAAACAGUUUAUCUCUGGUUUUACUCAUCUAUAGGCAGUAGUUACUUAGUUGUUUAUGUGACCAUUUGCACAUCCAAAAAUGGUGUGAUUUUGGUUGAUUUAUUGUAACCUUUUUCGAUAGCAAUGUUGUAAUUGGAUUUUGAUUUGGUAAGUGAGCCAUUUUGGAGAUAAUAUACCUGAAAAUUACCUUAUAAUUAUACUGGCAAAUGUUUUUUCUUCCUGGUGUUGUAUACUGAAAGUGAGCAUCUUUGUUAA